CUUUGCAAAAAGUGGGAAUUUUUGAUAAUUUUUCAUUAUAUUUGUGAUAAAAAUAAGGGUGAUAAGAGCGAAUUACCAUCAUUUGCAACACCCGCCGUCGUUCUCGCUAUGAAAGUAGGCCGAUAAAGUGGAAAACCGUGGAAAAUCGUGGAAAACGGAACUCACAAUCGACCCUAGAAAGUAGAGAGAUCCGGGAGACUCGGAAACCGUGCCGGAAGCAUUACGGCAAGAUCUCCUGCAACAAAGAUUGCAAAUAGCACAGAAAGCUAGCUGGACUCUAAGAAAGCAGAGGUCUACGCGAAGGCUCAGGAUGCUGGAUUGAAUAGCCGUACUGGAGGUCUUUCUGGCCUGCUAAAUCGACGGAAAAAGCCGGAAGCAACAGGAUGGAAUACACUCCGAAAGCGGUUGUGCUGGAGCUGCUUCAGCGAUACGCUCGUCAUCUUCCGGAUGAAGAAUUUUUCCGCGAAGGAAACCUGUACCUUAAACCGUUCGUGAAACUCGGCGUCCUUAGCCAAAUUCCGGCUGUUCCGGACGAUAACGAUAAAGAUUUUGAAAUCUGCUGUAAUGUCCCGGAUUGUGCGUUCUUUUGUCAAUCCGUGGUCGACUACGAGGCUCACUAUAACGCGCAGCACCGGUAUACGUGUGGGGAAUGCAAGAAAACGCUCCCAAACGCUCACCUGUUGGAUCUUCAUCUUUCCGAAACUCACGAUUCAUACUUUGCUGCACAGGUUCAGGCAGGUAAAGGGCCGAUGUACGCCUGUUUCUUGGAGGAAUGUAAAUACCGGAGUAAGGACGUCGUUGAGCGACGCGAUCACUGCAUACGGGAGCACAAGUUUCCCCACAAUUUCCGCUUCGAUAAGCAGUCCCUGGCACAUCGCCUUAUUUCCAAAUCCCCCGAGCUGGACACAAAAAUUGGCGAGGAGGAAACUACUAUUGUCGCAGAUGCUAUGAGUCCACCGCGGUGUAGGAAAAAUUUCGUCUUCGGUCACUCGCGGCAACGUACGUUCAAGGCCUGCAAACCCACCCAACCCAAAUGUGAUAUACUCGAGAGCAACCGGAUGGUGGUUGAUCUGCUGGAAAGCCUACCGAAAGAACAAUGAUCUGCCUUGAUACUUAUGAUUGAAUUUGUUUGUUAAAUUUGCAUUAAAUUAGCAUAAAUAGUUGAAAUAAAUAAGUUGAAUUCUAGGCGAACGUUCGCCAA